CGGCGGCGCGGGAGACAAUGCCCGGGCGGGGAGGCGGCGUCUGCGGCCCGAGCCAUCCAUGAGAUGUCCUUAACACAGCGCCCUGGGCCAGACUCCAAGGUCCCUGCUUCACAUUGAAUGUACCUCGUUGGCCCCUGUCACCAUGGAGACAUACAGGGAUGGCCACCCUGAGGAGCACACAAAGACUAAGGGAAGAGCAGCUGGUGGGGAGCACCAGGGCAAAGGAGCAGAGAGCAGAGCUCUUGGGCAGGCACCUGAGCUUGAAGGCCCUGGCUCCGAGCUGCCCCCAGCAGGGCCCGGCAAAUUCAAGAAGACAGCACUGAAGCUUUUCGGUGGCAAAAGGAGCAUUUGUACUCUGCCCAGCUUUUUGGGGGGAGGCCGAAGCAAAGGGCCAGGGAAAGGAGCUGCAAAAAGGGGUCUGAGCAAGAGUAAGACCCAUGAUGGUCUGCAGGAGGCCUCCCAGGAGUCAGACCCACCAUCUGUCAAAGGGGCCAACCACAGCUCACCCCUAGCUAGAUCACUCUACCUGCUCCCUAGCUCCCUGAGCUCCCAUGGGGCCCUGGAGACAGAAACCUGCCUCAAGAAAUCUCCACCCAGAGGUCCUGAGAAGCCCAGGCCAGAGAGGGCUUCAGCUGCCCCCUGGCCAAAGAAAGGAUUGAAAGGGUUAUUCAGUAGUAUCCGCCGCCCCCGUAAGCCCAAGGCCCCCGAGCCUGAGCGAAGUUCUCCAGGCAAAGAGGGGCUGGGGAAACCCAGAGAAUGGCCUGAGGAGCCUUCAGGCUCGGCUCCUGAGCCCAGCACUAGGGACGAGUGCUUGCCUCUUCUGCCAGCAAAUGCGAAGACCAUCGAAGUCCAAGGCUCAGAACCAGACCCACCUCCACCAGUUGCCAGGGAGAUGUCCCAGGAGAACCCAGAGAAACUCUUGGAUGCCUCUGUCUCAGUACCGCCGCCCCUUGACACUAAUCCUGAACCUGGUGGCCCAGGGGACUCAUCUGGCCUGGAGGUGAGGGGAGAUGAGGAGGAGGGAGAGCCCCCAUUGGGCCUCUCUGGGGACCAGCUGAACCUCCUAUUUGGGGAUGUCACAUCCCUAAAGAGUUUUGAUUCUCUGACAGGCUGUGGGGACAUCAUUGCAGAGCAGGAUGUGGACAGUAUCAGUGAGAGCAUUGUCUCUGCAGAGAGGGGACCUGGGCGAGAGUCAGCCAAGCGGAGCUCCUGCCUAGUCACCUACCAAGGGGGUGGUGAGGAGAUGGCCAUGCCUGAGGAAAUGGAGGAGGAGGAGGAAGAGGAGGAGGAAGAAGAGGAAGAGGAGGAAGAAGAGGAAGAGGAGGAAGAAGAAACCAUGGGGCAUUUGUCCAAGAGGACUGACUCAGCACAGGAAGGGGCCACCAUCUAUCACCUCACCAGGGAGUUGGGCCCCCACGGCUGCUUCCUAUUUGAGGGGGCCCGGCCAUACUCUGAUCCUGAGCCUGGGGAGCUCCUGACUCCACAAAGUGAUCAGCAAGAGUCUGCCCCAAAUAGCGAUGAAGGUUACUAUGACUCAAACACACCGGGACCAGAUGAUGAUUCUGGGGAUGGCCUGGGCCCUGGGAAGAAAGACCGAUUGCCACGGGACAGUUACAGUGGGGAUGCCCUGUAUGAGUUCUUUGAGCCCUGUGACAGCCUCACAGGCUCCCCACCAGGAGAUGAAGGCCUGUUUGACCCUUCAGGCCCUGGCCCUGAACUCUUUGACAAUUUCUUGUCUUUUGAACCCUUUCCCUCCAGCAAAGGGCUGGACCCCAAUCUGGGCACCAUGGAGACAGAGGAGGAAAGGCUGGUGGCCAUUCAGAGACAGUUGAUCUACUGGGAGCUCCGGAGGAAGAGACAAGAGCCCCAAGGGCCCUAUCCCCAACAGGAAAAGCCCAAUGAAGAGCAAUACAAGAGGCUUGGAGGCCCUUUCAGGAAGAAUACAGAAGGAGAUCCAGGGGGGCCGAUCCCUGCCAGUCGGAACCUCAACUUGGCCUUCUCUGUUGCCCCAGUUUGGAGGGAUUUCUCACCUCCAGAAAAAUGUUAUGAGUGGAAAGGCCAAAGCAGCUGCUUGCUUCAGGUCUGCCCAGGUGACAGAGUAUUUGAAUCAGGCCCAGAGGAGACUGGCUUUGAAGGGGGGUCCCCAAGUAGGACCUAUGCUGCCUACUCACUGGUAGAGAGCCCAGAAGCAGAUCCAGUGGACCGGGAGGAAGAUCUUGCUGUGAGCUUCUCCCAGGCCUUGGUGGAGUUCACGAGCAACGGGACCCUCUUCUCUAGCCUUUCAGGCAGCUCUGAUUCGGACUCUUCUUUCGCCCAGAACCUCCCAGCACUGCCACCCAUGGUGACCUUUGACAUUGCUGAUGUGGAACGGGAAGGAGAAGGGGAGUGUGAGGGCCCUCCAGAGUUCCAUACUGAUGAUGAGGACUUUGAUGUAGGCUACAUUCCCAAGGAGGCCUUGGAUGACUUAGAUGACCGCCUCUUCCCUGGCUCCUUCCGAGGUUUUCCCUGGGGGGUGGGCAGCCUCCCCCGGCACCUGGGUCUGCCUGGCUUGAGCCCUCCCCCUCUGCCACCUCCUGUGACACUCAACAGGAGAAGCCGCUCCCUGGACACAGAGACCCUGGAACUGGAAUUGGCUGGCUCUCAGCUAGCCCCGACUUACAUGGAGUCUGGGAAGCUGGCAGAGCCUGUGGAGGGUAGGUGGGGUUGGGAGAGCCCCUUGGGCUCCUACCUAGAGCCCUCAGAAGCAUAUGACUGGCCAGCCUGGGCCCACUAUUCCCUACCAACAGGGCCUGGCCAUGGCUGGCAGCAGCCAGAUGUGGCUAGAACCCCAUUUGGGUCCCCAGCCUGCUAUGGCUCGCUACAGGGGCUAGCACCAAGGGACUCCUGGGAUCGAGGGCCCCAAGUUCAACGGCAGGCAGUCCGCCCUUCUCACCUGGACUUGCAGGGGAGCCCAUGUUGGAAUCCUCAUGCACAUUAUGCCCAGGCUGAGGCCAAAAAGCAGGCAUUCAUGGUGCCCCUGCAAUCCAAAGGGCCUACCAGAGGCUUCUCUGGUCUUCCUGCUAAAUGCAAAUCAGUGGGUAUCAUCCAAGAGGCACCCCACUCCCCUCAGGGCUGGGAAGAACACCCCAAAUGGCAGCCCCCACAGUCUAGGGGCACCAACACCAACCAGCUCAAGGGGAGGGGCAGCCACGGAGUUUCUUUUCCUCCCAGUAACCUGUCCAGUGCCAUGAAUGUAACCACAGCCAAAUAGCACCUGAUGCCGCUGCUGGGGCCUGAGCUUCCAGUGCUAGGCCCGGAACACGAGAGGUGCUUGCUUCUGAACUCGAGAAGUAUUUUGGCCAAUGAAAGCUAUUCUGAGUUGUAAAGGUUCUUCUCUCCAUCAUUGGCUGUAUUAUGUGGAAUAUACAUCGCCAUGAGAAAACAGAUGUACACCUA